UUGUUUCCUUUGAUCUUUUUAUCACAGAAUCUUUUCAAGGUUGGAGGUCAUCUGUUUUAUCAGAAUGCACGCCAAGAUGAGAACGGCGUUCAAAUUGACAAUGUGUCUGGCCGCUUUGAAAAGUGUCUGGAAGAGUUUUACGCCAUUUGCGAUCAGAUUGAGAUAAACCUGAGACUGGCCCACGAAGUGAUCCAGCAGGACCGCGACAGCUCCCGCAACACGCCCAUCUCCGUGCUGCCGCCCAAGACGGAGCCCCAACAGCCCGAGGGCCAGCUGUACUCCCAGUACCUGUCCACUGUCAGGGCGCAGAUCAACUGUGCCAAGGACAUCCGGGACGUCCUUCACGACUGCCUCAAGAACUUCCCCGAGCACUCCUCCCAUCCGUGAUCCACCGCUGAGACUUUUUGUGUAUUGAGUUGUGAGACAGCCGGUGUCUGGAAUGUGGUGACUGAGAGGUUCUUUGCCGUGGGCCGCCUGAAGACAAGAGUUCUAUUCUCGAGUGGUGCUCUUUUUUUUAAAAGUUAAAAUUAAAAUUUUUUUUGGACAUGCAGUGUCUCCAUCUGUGUGCUGGGAGGUUGUAUUUUUCUCAACCUGAUCUGGCCCAGGGUUGAAGCAGCCUGCCUCUCAAAUGAUCUGAAUUGUGUCAAAACUUAGUCACUCUGCACGACAUCCCUUCUUUUGGUCCCACUCCUUGGGCCAAAAAUAUCACAUACUGCUCGAAUAAAACUCCCACGGCUGGUUCAGAGCUAUUUCGAAAUUUGAACUGGGUACUGCAAUACUGUAGAACAUUACUAAAGCUGAACUUUUAGUUUUAGUUCCAGAAAAAAUAUCCCGCUGUAGGCAAGUUCCCGUUAUAGGAGUGCAAUGGGGAAUUACUGAAAAAUCAAACACUACACACUCUUCUCUUCUUUUACUUUUUGGCCAAGGGCUAUGGCACAUCACUUUUGGAGUGGCUCACGCAACGCGUCUCUCAGCACGAUCUCUCUCUGCCUCUCCGUUAAACCCAAGCACAGGUAAUUGAGUUGACAUAUAUUAAAAAAAACAACUGGAAGGGGAUUCUGAUAAGGUCCCGCUGUAGGGAUGGUGCGCUAUAGUCAUGUUCUACUGUAUCUGCUAAGUUUACCAUCACCUGCAGUAAAUUGAGUGACAGACAGAACACCAACAUUUGUGGUGAAGUGGCUAGGUGCUGCGCUGUCGCACGGAGGAGACCCAAGUUUGAUUCCUGAGUGGGGAGAAAAUUUUUGUCGAGUAGGCCUAUCUCUUUCUGCUGAGAUUUUGUAUCCCUCUUAGCGCGGAUUGACCCUGACAGGCAGGGUUGGAAGCCCAACCUGCCUAUUUUUCAUUCCCACAAUGUUCUCAUCAAUAAAUAUGUGUGUGUGAGGGCGUGUAGACUAUUGUAAAAGUGUUUGAACUCUGCGUUGAGAGCAUUUGGGACUGCAUAAACUUUGUGCUAGGGAUCAAAUUUUUCAUGACCUCUUGGCAUUCCUUUCUUAAAUUGUCGUUGACAUGGAGUAUCCGAUGAAUGAGCAGAAAUGUUCUCUCUGGCAUUUUCUGUGACAAAAAGUGGAGUUCCCUGUACACCUUCAUGUUCCAAUAGACAGUAAGCUUCGACUUUUUAACGAGACCCAUCAAGUUUAUUGUGAGACCGAAUAAUGAGUUGAAUAAAAGUGUUGAUGCUGCCGUUGGUUGAAGAAUGAUAGAGCACGAAUGAUGGUCUAUGAGCACGAAUGAUGGUCUAUGUUUAACUCACUGAGCACCUCGCCCCGAUUUGCCUCCAAGCCCCAGGGGACCACCCAUUUCACCCACUUUUUAAAAAAUUCAUAAAAAAUUGAGAUGAAAUGCUAUUUCUUUGAAAUUUUCUGUGCUUUUUAAUAAGAUAUGGGUUCAAUAGACACAAUUAACACAUUUUGUGAAGAAUGAAUGACAAAAAAUGUAUAGUAUGAGACAGAAAGUUGGGUCAAAUUUGCCCCAGAAAAAAAUUUUUGAAAAAAAAAAAGGAAAUGAUGUGACAAAGCAGAAAUCUAAUAAACUUACACAACGUAGUUGUGGCAGUGUGUGUUUGUGUGUAGGAGAAUGCAGCAUGAGUGUGUACAGUGAAGUAGCAUAAAAAAGUAAAUGAUAGGCUAAUUAUUUUUGACAAAUAAAAAUAAAAAGAUCUAGAUCUUCCUUGGUGCCUGGCUGAGAAGUGUUUUCAUUGUCAGUGCUGUUAAUGCUAGGACUAGAUCUGUCAAUAGAUGUUCCAGGUCUGGGUACAUAUAUAUAUAUAUCUUCUCCACUUUGAGGGCUGGUUUGAACUAGAGUUUAGUACUGGGGCUAGAUAGAUAUCAUCCCCAGCCGGACCAGGCUGCGUACUCGCUGACGAGUCAGAUUCACGAUUGAGAGACGAUGUUGGUCUAGAUUUAGGUCUAAUGUAAUUUUUUUCAGUCAUCUUCAUCCCUGCUAGGUGAAUUCACAUUUUGAUUUAUGAAGUUAUCUAUCUGAUACUUCACUGUCACUUAAAUCUUCACCAAAAUUAUUGAGAGUUUCAAUAAACCUCGACACUACUCGCCGUGCCAUGCUUCGUGUACGAGAAACUACAACGAACUGCGCGGAAGUUCCUUACUUUCAGUUGUUCAGUCCGUUUGACAAAUAACCCAUUUAUUCGCACUAAAAGUGGUGAAUAUACACAAACCACAAAGAACUAGCUUGUCGAUAUCCUGUUUAGACCACUAGGGCUAUUUGCAAGCAUUUUUAAACUAAUGGGUUUACUUUAUAGUCAGUUAUAGUUAAACCUGCGUACGCUGCGGUCGCGGUCCGCGUUUUGUGGCUCCUUCUGGGGUGGGGUCUAGACGACUCACGAAAAAUAAUCCAGGAAUUAAUGAGGCACGCUUGGACCAAGCAGCGGUACAAGUACCUCCUCCACUACUUCCCUCGACUUACGCCCGAAGUCGUAGUUGUAGCUGGACAACUGGUUGAACUGAUGGACACCACCCAUCCCUCCCACUGUUGUAGUUGCACAACUGGUCGAACUGAUGGACACCACCCAUCCCUCCCACUGUUGUAGUUGUGGACACUGGUCGAACUGAUGGACAACACUUAUCCCUCCCACUGUUGUAGCUGCACAACUGGUUGAACUGAUCGACACCACCCAUCCCUCCCACUGUUGUAGUUGCACAACUGGUUGAACUGAUGGACACCACUUAUCCCUCCCACUGUUGUAGCUGCACAACUGGUUGAACUGAUGGACACCACCCAUCCCUCCCACUGUUGUAGUUGUGGACACUGGAAGGAAUAGUGGUAUCGACACGGCCUCUGGGGGAUGUUGCGGGUAACCGCGGUCUUUCUCGCUGAGGAAUUUGUCGACAGUAUGGAGACAAAGUGUUUGUCCCGCCAUACCGUCCCGGCGAGGUGACCAGACUGCAGGCUCUUGAUUUCACUUCACCCCGCGUCGGCGUUUUGGUCUGGUGUAGUCUCAAUGGAGCAGGCCACCCCUUCCUAUUUGUACGAAUAGUUCCACACGAGUACGUGCUCAUUUCUUCAAGCAGAUGGUGUACUAGUUUCACCGAUGUAAAAAACUGUCGAAAUGAAAGUGGUGCCACUUGUGCAGAUACCGCUUGGCGACUCUCGUGACCUCGUGGUAUCCAGAGCCAUGUGGCUGAUCCUCGACGGUUUUGCAGGCGUAGAUGUUGAAGUUAUCGUUUUGGUCUGGUCUCUAAAGAGCUGGCCACCCCUUCCUAUUUGUACGAAUAGUUCCACACGAGUGCGUGCUCUUUUCUUUGAGCAGAUGGUGUACUAGUUUCCUCGACGUAAAAGAAUUGUUGAAAUAAAAGUGAUGCCACUUGUGCAGAUACUGCUUGGCGACUGUCAUGACCACGUGGUAGCCAGAGCCAUGGGGCUGAUCUUAGGCGGUUUUGUCUGUGUAGAUGUUGAACUCUAAAAGAUACUCAAGUGACAGCAUCAGCUGCAUACCAGGCCUUGAUACCGCAAGGGUUCGGCUUGCCUCGGAUGUACUGUUUGAAGCUGUCUCCCGGUGAACGGUAUCAUAGCUUCAUCUAUGCUGAUUUUCUUCGAAGGAAGGUAGUGGUCUUGAAUGCUCUGUCAUCGUCGUAGUUUUCUACAUGGAAAAUUUCAAAAUUUUGCGCAGAAUUUUGCGACCAUGUCUAAACUUCUUUUUCCAUACUGUUUUAAAAAUAUAAGUACCAAUUAAUCACAAGCUGAGAAGUAGCACAAGAGACAGUAAAUACCCCCCCCACCAACAAUUAGCAACGUACAAUCUGUAUUUUCGUUUAGAAGCACAAGCUUGAUAACAUAGAAUACCAGCAAAAGGUGUGACCCCAUAGAAAUGAGACACCAUUGUAUUAUUUCAAAAUCAGGUGAGCUGUCAGUUUGAGCUAUGUCAUUGAUACAUUUGUAGCGGGUUACACAAACUUUGUACUCUGUUCUUUUGAUAACAGGCUGCCAGUGAAGGUCUUUCUAGGAUUGGCGUUACAUGAUCAAACUUUUUCUUUUGAACAACCAUGCUGCACAAUUCUGAGUUAUCAGAAUUCGUUUGAUGGGGAAAGCACUAUAUAUAAUGAUUUUGUACAUGUUUUUCAUUAAUUUGAAACAAAUAUCAAGAACAUUUUUGUUUGAGAAAAAUGCAUUGUAUACUUUACUUUUUAUCAAUGUUUAGGCGAACAGUUCCACAUACAUAUAUAUGUGUGUUAAGCGUUGUGAGGUGUUGAAAGAGGGCUGGCAACAAGUAGUAGUUAUCCAUAUACAAAUGGUGUCCUUUACAAAAAACAUCCAUCCUUCUCCAUAAGCCCACACACAAUCUUUUCUGUACAUCCGGCUGUGUCAGGCUAGCAGCUUCAUCCAGGGGUGAAGUUUGUGCACAAUAAAUAUCGAAGUAAUAACAGUACCCUGUCGAGGACUCACAGAGGGUAUAAAGCUUUUUCCCCAAGCGAUUUAGUUUAGCGGGAUUGUAAACUUUGAAGCUCACACGCCCCUUGAAAGGGCAGGUCGCUUCAUCAACAGCGAUGUCUCUUUGAGGAGAAUAAUCUGACGCAAAGACAGUCUGGUGAACCCAUCCGUUUUCAACAUCAGCCGGAUGGUUGGCAUCGUGUUCUGGAGCAAAAUCUAACAAACUAACGUGUGCUGCAUUCCGUCUUUCUCUUCCCAAAUCUCCACUCUCAAAUACUUCAGAUUCAUCAUCAAAAUCAGAACUGUCUUGAAAUACGUCUACCAACUCCGUUGAACUCCCGGUCGUGGAAAUCCAUCACGCACGAAACAGGUUGGCUGGCUUUGGUGCCCAAGUGGGUCGCAAAGGACAUGAUGCUGCGCCUGAUCUUGCCUUUCACGAGACACCGCGAGGGGGGAGCAUCUAUCCACCGGCUGCGUUGACGCCAGCAAGAAUUAUUAUGUGCUCCUUUUAGUUUGAGUCACUGGUUCUUGAGAGAAGAGCUCUAGUGCCCUUUUUUUCGCUACAACUGCACUUGGCCUGUGGAAGAACGGUAGGCCAGUUUCGUCCAUGUUCCAAAUGGUGUGUGGCUUGUCCUGGAGUCCCACUUGUCAUGGACCGUGGUCAGUAGAGAGUUAAAACUCUUGUCAAUAACAGCAGUCUCGUUCAGCAUACAGAAGCGUCUGUUCUCACACGGUUCUUGCUUCCUAAUUGUCAGCUCGGGAUAACGCUUUUUAAAAUCUCGCCAGUAGUCGUUUCCUUCCAGGAAUAGCUUUAGGCCCAAAUUGAGUUUUAAGGUUUAGUUUCUUGGCUAAUCUCCUCGCUUUAACUCACUCGGGACCAGCCCUAUUUUCGGACACAAACCCUUGGGACCUGGGUUUUAGGAGGGUUUUCAAAAGAUUAUUUAGUGGUGUUGUUGUUGGGUUACAAAGCUGAAAUUUGGCACACUUACAGAUACAGCCUUUCUAAACACAGUGCAUUUAACGAAAAUCCUCUAUGUUGGAUACUUUUUUUCCCACGAUUUUUCAAAAACACACCCUUUUUGAGAAAUUCAAAAAAAAAUUUUUCAGCAUCCAUGAUACAACCCUGGCUAGGUUGUUACCUAUAUUUGCUGUAAAAAGACCCUAAAAGUAAAGAUUGAUAACUGUUAUUGUGCAAGGCAUGUGUAUGCUUGGAAUUCUGGUGAAAAAGAGACUACAUUUUGCAUCAAAACCCACAUGGUUAGCACAGACAGAGGUUGAGAGAAAAUACGAGAAGCCUCGUGAAAAAGCAAAACAAAACAUACAUGCAAAAACAUGCAGUUUGACUCACCAAAGGCUUGUGUAUCCAAUAAGUAUAUACUCCAGUAAUCCAGGGGGCAGGGGGUUUAGUUACAGUACUCCUUCUUUGUGUGGAAGUCCUGAAAGCAGGGGAUCACACACAGGGGUACUUUGUGGUAUGGGCACCAGAACGACGUCUCUUUCCGCUUCAUUGUGGAGCCCGGUUGCUUCGCCUUCUCAUAGCACACCUUGCAACUCCGGGUGGGACGUUUCUUCUUCUCAGUUGAAGGAAUGUAGUCCGGGAAGCAACGUGAGUGAAGGCGGUCAAGCUGUGUGGGAGCUGGGUCCUCGGAAUCUCCUGGACUCCUUCUUGCCAGCCCAAGAAUUCCUCCGCCAUGCCCUGUCCAAGCUUCUGGAUGAACUUGGAAAUCGGCAGAGGCUUCCCACCUGUUGACGUCUGUUUCCUGUUGUACAGGAUGGAUGCCUGCACCAUCAUGAGGGUAAACAGAUACCCAAACAGUUUUUUCCACCAUUUCAUGGUGCGGCAAUGGAAGGGCAUAUAGACCAUGAGUUGGUCGCUGCGGUCUACACCCCUCAUGUUGAGAGUGUAAUCCUGGACCACCUGCGGUUUCUCCUUGGUCUGGGCCCUUGAUCUCACUGUCACCCUUCUCCGUGGGUCAUGCACCGUUGUCAGAAGGUUGACAGACUUUUUAUCCUGCCACCAGUUUGUCUUGCCGUCGGUACGCACUCUCUUCAGUCCUUAGAUUUAGCGCUGCCAAAUCCUUCGGCAUACCAACACGGUUGGCUCUUACCGUACCAACAAUCAUGGUUCCGCCUGCGAUCAUCUCUUGGUACAAAGCUGGACAGGUGUAGUAGUUGUCCGUGUACAAAAUGUACCCUUUGUUCAUCAGCGGCAUCAUCAUUCGUCGGCACACAUCCACGGGUUUGUUGCUGAUGGUAGGGUCGCCGGCAUAAAUUUCAAAGGCACAGACGUACGCGGAGGCACUCUCGCACAGCAUGUACAGCUUGAUCCUCCACUUGCUGGGCUUGUCUUUCAUGUACACCCUGAACCGCAGGUUUCCCCUCCAUGGGCAGAUGGCUUCAUCGAUGACGAGUUUCUGUUGAGGGGUCACGAGGUCUCGGAAAGUAGCAGAAAGGGGAUCGAUAAUUGGUCGCAGCUUAUGGAGAGGGUCAUGACCAGUUUCUCGGAGGGGGAUGUACGUGGUGUUGUCGUUGAGAUGCAGGAGGCCAAGAAUCUGCAUGAAACGGUUCCUUGACAUUAUUUUGGAGGCGAACGAUGUGCGGAUGAUUUCUGCCGUACUCCAGUAGUCCUUCAGACAGGGUUUCUUGACCAGUGACAUGUGCACCCAGAUGGUGAAGAACCCCCACAACUCCUUCAGUGUCACUGUGCUCCAGUUCUUGUAGAGACUCUCAGGGGGCAGCUGUCUUCGACCCAGCUCUGAAGCAGCGCACCUGUUCGUCUCUGUCUUGAUAACUCGUAGGAUGUCUGCCGUGAAGAAGAGACGGAAAAAAUCCAAAGGAGUCACGACAUUAUCUGGUACGUGCACGCCAGGCUGCCCAGUAAAGGGGACCCCAGGAGGAAACCCAGUCAGAUCCUCAGUCCAGUCACCUGAGGUGCAGGCGCAGGUGCCACAUCACCAGACGGUCGCAUGCGUUUAGGAGGCGGUCCUGCAGACGUUGAAGGUCCUGGGUCGGCAUCGUCGCUGUCCUCAUCAGGACCUGAAAGUAUAAACAUGAAUGUUCGAAAAAUUUAGACGACUCAAAAUAACAGAGCAUCAAUUUCAAUUUUAUAAUGCUUGCCUGAGUUAGAAACAGAAUCUAAAAAUCUACAUCUAGAUGUAAAUAAGAGCAAUGAUACAGGAUCUUGGGCUGACAAAAUAAAUCUUAGUCUGGACCUGACUUGGUACUACGGAAUGACUUCAGUUCUAGAUCUAGAUCUAGUAGAAAAUAGCUUGGUAGUGAUUCACAAGCACAAAAUAGCCUCCUAGAUCUAAAUCUUGAUUUUUAGAUCUGUACUAAAACAAAAUAAAAUCUAAUGUAGAUCUAGAUUGUUAUCUUUGUCAUGAUGAAAUGAGGUACAAGAAGUAAACACAAAAAGUAGGCGUGGCAUUGUUUACUUCUCGAAAGUGAUAGAUCUAGAUCUAAACUUGCUCCAUCAAAAACAAAAUUCUCUCCUCAGUCGUGAUAGUCAGUCCCGAGAUGCAGUGACAACACCCUAUUAUCGCCAAGAUGUAAAUAUUUCUCACCUGAAUCAAAAAAUUCCCCAUCAGAAUCAGUUUCUUCAACAUCGGAGUCGAGCGUCUGGAAGAACUCAAUCACUUCAGUAGCCUUUUUUCGCUGGGGUCGAGACAUGAUUUGAUGUCGAUCGAAAAACAAACUUCGAAAUCUCCCUCGUUCGUUGAGAGUCACUCUUCUUUAGGUCACCGGAAGAAGGAAUGGAUCGAGUACCCGGAUAUUACAAUAAACAUGGAUAAUAUAUGGGAUUGGACGAUUUUUCGGGUUUUUAUUCUCAUCACGAGUUCGAGUUAACUCGUGAUCGGUCCUCAGGCGACGGGAAGCCAUCACGAGAUAACUCGUGAUUGGUCCCCAGUGAGUUAAUGAGGAUCAUCCUUUUGGUAAAGGAAAACCCUCUGGAGCUUCCUCUAAGAUUUUCUUCACCAUUUUUGAUUCAAUUUCUUUCGGAAUGCUUUGCAUCCGUCCAGGCGUCCUAGCCACGGUUGAUCGGCCUGCUACAUGGUCUAUUAAUGAUUAACGUGGCUUUGGGGAUGUUGUACUCAUUUGAGGCCUUGAUAUUACUAAGGCCGUUUUUGAUGGCUUGGACAGCCUUCGUUUAGGUCGUCAGUUAAGUACUUUCUGUACAGCAUUCUGUGAACAGAAAUGAGUCUACGAAAUUAUGUUUAGGGAAACGUGGUCAGGGAUUUUAAGUGUUUUCAACAUCAAUUUUAAGUCUAAAAUUGCAUGGUGAUUGCGUGGACGGACUUGAAGAUCUUAUUCAUUACUGCACUUUAAACUCCUGCUAUAUUAUAUACAUGUAUAUUAAUUCAAAUAAAGAAAAGAAAAAUAUUUUAGGUUAUCGAUAGCUGAAAUUAGGACUUGGGAAGACGAAUUACAAAAUUAAAAAAAUAUAAAAAAUGAAGGUCGAAGUUGCCUCAUCCUGGUCGAAGUUGUGCCAAGCCCGGGUCGAAAUGAAACUUACCCCAGGUCGAAUUUAACUAAUUUAGGCACACGAGUAAAAUAACAGGGUGUUUAGGAAAACUGCCUGUCAGUAAAUAAAUAAUGUUUAUUUUUGUUAGCCAAAGAAAUUUAUUAAUAAUGAACGAAAGUGGGGUAAACGGAUGAAUUGGGUGGGCAUGGUAGCGCACAUCAGCGAUUCGGGGGUCAGCGGUGACGCUGCACAUUGGCGCCUCCAAGUGGCAAAUGGUUAAGAAGAGGCGAUGCUUUGUGCAUGUCUGUCUGAGUGACGUACUGCGUGCAUGCACGCGCAUGAGAGUGUGAGUACACAAGUCUGGUCACAUUCCUGUGUUUGUAUGUGUACGAGACGACAGCUUUUAUGAUCACUACCGUACAUAUUAUUAUAUGUACCUUAUUACAUUGUAUAUAUUUUGUAAAAUAUACAUGUUCAUGCCCUUGACUCUUUUAUGUUCUUGAUUAAUAAAAAUGUUGUUACAAUAAACUUAAUAAA